AUGUCUCCUCCCCAGACUCAGGAACAAAGUUUCGGAUCCGAUUCUGGCACAAUUGCUGCCAGCAGCCGAAGCAGUACUUACACAACCGAGUCAUCUGUUGCAAAUACUAGCAGUGAAGAAUUUGAGGAUAUCAGCGAGGACAUUGAAAUCGGCACUCUUCCAACGAUCAAUCCACAGGCUGUGCAAAACGCCACAAGUAACAAGACAAAGACAACUCGAAGCAGCAAGUUCAGAAACCCAUUCAAAAAUUUCAUCUACUUCCAAAACGCCAUCAUCACCUCCGCAAUCAGCAUGGCCAUCAUACUCCCUAUCUGUCUACCACCAUUAUACACCGACGAGCUAAAAUGGACCGUAUCCAUCGUGUUCAAGAACAUUGAAGUUAACAACGGCACUGUGGAUUAUCAUAAUGGAACGAUUGCGCCACUCAACGAUGUGAAUCUUGUUGGUUCGAAUCUCACGGUUCAAACUUGCAAUUUUAUCGAUACUGCUGAUUUGUGUACGAAUAAUGCACAUCACUAUUUUGAUAUCUGGUGGCCUUGCUUUAUCUUGUUUGUUGUGCUUUUGAAUUUGUCUAUUUGGCAUUUUGUUACGCUUCGAUAUCGUUUGAUUGGGGUUAGAUCUUCUGGAAGAAGAGGGGAUUAG